GACAAGGUACCUCACACUGAGGACAAGGCUACUCACGCUGAGGACAAGGUUCCUCACGCAGAGAACAAGGUUCCUCACGCUGACGACAAGGUACCUCACACUGAGGAGAAGGUUCAUCACGCUGAGGACAAGGUUCCUCACGCUGAGGAGAAGGUUCUUCACGCUGAGGACAAGGUACCUCACACUGAGGACAAGGUUCCUCACGCUGAGGACAAGGUUCCUCACGCUGAGGACAAGGUACAUCACACUGAAGACAAGGUACCUCACACUGAGGACAGGGUUCCUCACGCUGAGGACAAGGUUCCUCACGCUGAGCACAAGGUACCUCACACUGCGCACAAGGUACCUCACACUGAGGAUCAGGUCCCUUACACUGAGAGCAACGUUCCUCACGCUGAGGACAAGGUUCCUCAUGCUGAGGAGAAGAUACCUCACACUGAGGACAAGGUACCUCACACUGAGGACCAGGUACCUCACACUGAGCACAAGAUUCCUCCCGCUGAGGUCAAGGUACCUCACACUGAGGACAAGGUUCCUCAAGCUGAGGACAAG